UAAUCCUAUAUAUGUAUAGUAAAAAUAUUGUGGGUUCAUGUUCAUUUAUCAGUGGUUUUCCGUAGAGUUAAGAAUUUAGGUGCUGAAUGUUCAUUGUAUAAAAUUGUAUUUCAAUAUUUUUUAAUUUACGAAGAAGACGUACUAAGCAGAAAAUAAGAUGACUUGGAAAAUCUUAUCAGUAUUAGCCCUAGUAGCAUAUGCUGUACAUGCUUAUCCAUUUGAUAAAAAUAAAGUCGAUAAAUUCAGGAAUCCUGGACAUUUAAAAGAUUUGCCAAUAAUUGAAGAUGGUAGUCAAUUUGAGAAAGAGAACAAUAAUUAUGAAAAACCAAUUUAUUUAAUGGGAAGAAGAAGUCGAAUGAUCAUUACAAAGCUAAAGCCAACGACAAUGACAGUACAUAAUACUAAUAUGAUAAUGACUACAAAUGGAAUUACUACAACACCGGCGAUUACACAAACACCAGCUGCAACAACAACACCUAAAACGACACAAGAAACAACGUUAAAACCAAUGACUGAAGGAACAACGUUAAAACCAACGACACAAGAAACAACGACAACACAAAAAACAACAACAACGAAAGAAACAACGACUCAAGAAAUAACGGAAGCAACGGAAGAGACGAGGACAACGGAAGAAAAUACUACAAAUGUCGUUUCAACAACAGAGGCACAAAAUGAAAGUAGCUUUUCCGUAUCAACUGUUUAUAUGACUUCGGCUACAACAACAGUGUUAAGUUAA